CUUACUUUGAGCACAACCAGACACAGUUGAGGAGAGACAUUUGUAAAUGUUUGGGCACUCUUAUGGUCUUCACAUCUUUUCAUGUGUCAAAUGCUAAAUAUUUAUCACAGACUUUGUUUUCUUUACAGGCAAACAAUUAUGAUGGUUCCGUACAAAGAAGCGCGCUUCUGGACAAUGGAGUCUCCAUUUACGCACGGGAAAAGCGCGUCGAUUUAAACACACCGGACCGCUGUUAUUUGUGGUUUGUGGUUUGCAAUGGAUCACCCUAACAAUACAUCUCAACCCUUCAAUUCCACCGACCCGUUCGGUCGGGACGAAGAAGUCGCCAAAAUCGAGAUCGCGGUACUAAGCAUCACCUUCGCGGUCGCGGUCAUCGGCAAUUGCAGCGUCUUGGUGGCCAUACACAACACCAAGAAAAAGACUUCACGCAUGCAUCUGUUCAUUAAACACCUCAGCCUGGCCGAUCUGGUAGUGGCUUUUUUCCAAGUCCUCCCACAGCUGUGCUGGGAAAUCACUUUCCGUUUCUACGGCCCGGAUUUUCUGUGCCGGAUCGUGAAACACCUGCAAGUGAUGGGUAUGUUCGCCUCCACGUACAUGAUGGUCAUGAUGACCCUGGACCGAUACAUCGCCAUCUGUCACCCUCUAAAGACCCUCCAGCAGUCCACCAGGAGGUCUCGCAUCAUGAUUGGUGGCACAUGGAUCGGCAGUUUGGUCCUCAGCCUCCCCCAGUACUUUAUCUUCUCCCUCAGUGAGAUCAAGAAGGACUCGGAGGUUUACGACUGCUGGGCGCACUUUAUCCAGCCGUGGGGAGUUCAAGCCUACAUCACCUGGAUCACCGUGGGAAUUUUCCUGGUGCCAGUCAUUAUAUUAAUGACAUGUUAUGGAUUUAUAUGUCACAGCAUCCGGAAAAACAUCAGAUAUAAAACCAAAAAGACAUCAGGUGAUGGCGCAUGUAAGAACGGAUUGGUGGGGAAGAACUCGGUCAGUAGUGUGUCCACUAUAUCCAGAGCCAAGUUAAGAACUGUUAAAAUGACUUUUGUGAUCGUCUUGGCUUAUAUCAUCUGCUGGGCUCCGUUUUUCACCGUACAGAUGUGGUCUGUCUGGGAUAAAAGCUUCAAAUGGGAUGAUUCUGAGAAUACGGCCGUUACUCUGUCAGCAUUGCUGGCCAGUCUCAACAGCUGCUGUAACCCCUGGAUCUACAUGAUCUUCAGUGGACAUCUCCUGCAGGACUUCGCUCACUGCUUCCCCUGCGGCCACAAAAUCCAGCAGAGCUUCAGGAAAGAGGAUUCGGACAGCAGCAUCCGGAGAACCACACUGCUCACUAAAAUCACCAACCGCAGCCCCACCUGCAGUUCAUCAACCUGGAAGGAACUCGACCACUCGCCAAAAUCUGACAGAUCACCUCAGACGCUGACGUAACGCUUUAUUAAAUGUCUUUUUGGGAGAAGCACAACGUGGCCGCAGGUUUACAGUGUUUUAUUAAACACUUCCUGUAUUGGAUGCCGAUCGAUCAGGACUGAGUUUCACACAGUGCCAGAGGAAAAAGUUAUUGCUUUGAGGUUUCUCUUUUAUUACUUAUGAGACUUUGGUUCAUCUACAUUUCGGAUGUUAUCUUAAGAGACACUGAUUGCUGUCAUGCAAUAAGAAUGUAGAGCUAUAAAAUCAAUGUGCUCAGGUCGGCUGUUCUUCUCUUUGGGCAAAUCUAAAUCUUUUAGACGUUUAGUCAUGACUGCGUAUAGCACAGGAUCUCACAGCUUACUCAUGCAUGUUUUUGGGAAAUGGUCAUAACACAAUAAAUCUCUAAAGGCACAAUAGUAGUGUAGUUUUCCUGUGAUAAGAGUCCACGACUGAAAUGUGAUUGAUUUUGACUUCAGGACUUUGGUCUCCUGAAGUAAACCAAACACAAGAAACAAAGCCAAGAUAAAGACGCACAGUCACUGCAACCAAAAUAUAUCCAUUUUACAAAAAAUGAUGAAUGUUGUUCUAAAUGAAACAUAGGAAAGUGUCUGCUUUAUCAAAUGUGUGGCACAAAACCUGCUGGGCAUGGUUACCUUUUUCUGGCAGUCUGACACAGUUACUGCAAAUCUGGUUUUGCAUCAGGAUAAAGAUUUAAGUUUUCAUCAAACAGCACACAACACCGUGCUAUAACUGUUUAUCACCCCCAAAAUAAACCAAAAUGUCAUUAAACAUAAACUUUAUUCGCAAUCGUGCCGAUUGGCUGCACGGUUUGGAUUGAAAUCUAAAGAGAUGAAAAGCAUUUUAAUCCUCUGCUAUCCUAACUACACUGUAAAAAUAUGUUAUAACAACUUGCUUCAAAGUCAAUUUAACCUGUGAUAAGUUGACACAGCUUAAAACAAGUUGAAAUUGUUUAACUCAUUUGCCGCCAGACUUUUUUUAUUAAAGUUGCCUGCCAGCAUUUUUUGUAAUUUUCACAAAGUUUCAGAAAAUGCAUUCCAGAAAAAUGUUCUUCUAAAAAAUAUAUAAACAUACAAAUAUAUCAAAUGAAAGAAUAGACCCAAACAAACAAUAAACAAACAAACUGGGAAAAAACAUUUCUCUGCUUAUAAACAUGGGUAUUUUCUUUAGCAAAAAGCUGAAAUAAUUGCAUUUUUUGUGAAGGAAUUUUGUUAGAGAUCAGAUACAGAAUGAUUAUCAAAACAUACACAGAGUUUAAAAUUAUAAAAAAAAUUGCUUCAGUUUUUUUUAAUAAAUUUAGUAAGUCAUCUAGUGCAGUGGUUCUCAAACUGGGGGCCGCGAGAUGGUGCCAGGGGGGCCCCAGUUUUAUGACAUUUCAUAAAACACAUUAAUUUAUCAUGAAUUCUGUGUAAUUAAACCUAAAAAAAAUAAGGCUACUAACCAACAGCACUACUUUGUAUACUUUAAUAUGUUUUGUCUUAUUAAAUGUUACGUUUUAGAACAAAUUUGUUAUAAAAAAAAUUUGGGGGGCCGCGAAGGAAUGCACCAUAUACAAGGGGGGCCGCACGCUGAAAAAGUUUGAGAACCACUGAUCUAGUGGAUAAUCACGGUAUUACAGAUUAACAAAACUCAUCAGGAACACAUUUUUUAAUGCAAAUUUUUUCUUAAUUGAUGAGAUAACUUGUCAAUAGCGGGGAAAGAGUUAACUUAAUUGUUUAGUUAAAGUAACAUAAAAAUAUAUGUUGAUUUGACAAAAAUGCUGCAUUUUUUACAGUGUAUGCAGGAUUAAAGGUGCAGUGUGUAGAUUUUAGUGGUGAGGUUGCGUAUUGCACCCCUCCCUUUCAAAGCACAUAGAGAAUAAGGUAGCCAUAACAGGACAAACCAAGCGUGCUGCACAAGCCCUGAAAAGUAAAGCCAAAACGUCUCGAUCGCCCCACAGUGACUGGUCACAGUAUGGGUCAUAAACCCCGCCUCCCCAUGUUACUCAAUGGGACUUGAGACCAACUAAACAAUUUAAUUACACUUCAAUUAUCUUUUUUACGAAGCUGGUUUCUGUCAUUAACUGUAGUUUUUAUCACGCUGAUGUUAAUUCAAAUGUUUGUUUUUAAAAUAAGUUUGUUUUUAGUUACUUAUUUAAUAAUAUAAAACGGAGAUGUCAUGUCAUGAUUGACAGCUGUGAUAUCGUGUGAUAUGCACAUUCUGCGAGAGCGAGGGCGGGGUCUUGACUGGUCCCGAAAUUGCUACUGCGCAGACUCAAGAUGUCAGCGCCGUAUCGGGACACUGGCGGCUUCACUUUUCACCAAUGGAAGAGAGAACAGGCGUCGUCCAUCUUUUUUUUUACAGUCUAUGGGACAAACAUGUCAUCGUCUGAGACAAUAUAGUGAGGAAUGCCCUCUGUUGAACAGUUUGUCCAUUUAGGGCUUCUGUAGAAACAUGACGGUGACUUCCAUGUAGGGGGAAUGAAGAUAAAAACAUUUCAUUCUAAGGUAAUAAAAACAAUACAGUUCAUUUUGUUAGGUCUUUAUACACCACUGAUCAUAUAGUUAUGUAGAUUAUAUUGCAUUUCUGUCAAAUGAUUUUUCUAAAAUGUACACACUGCACCUUUAAAUGUUUAGUUGUGUUUAAUUGUAUUGUUUAUCAGGACAGACCUGUAGAGAAUCACUGCUAUAUAUAUAUAUGAAUGUUUGCUAUUUUGUCGGGUCUGUACUUUAUUCAGGGUUCAGUUACUAAAAUAUUCUAGGAAUGAAAUCUGUUUUGGUGUGAGUACAACAUUGUAAAUACACGCACAACUGUACCAUUGUUUUCUUGAUCAAUAUCAGAUGGUCUGUAUUUGUUUGUGUUUGUGAAAUAUUAUUAAGAACUUGAUAUGCUCUGCAUUGCUGACGUCCAACUUUAAAUAUGCUGCACGUCUCACAAAUGUCUCGGUGUAUCGAUGUGCCAAAUCCAAUAAAUCAAACCUUCAAGAAUU